GCCUGAUUGAGAACUACUCUCCCGCGUCGUCCCUCCGACCUCCUCUCACUCCUUAGAUAUUAAGAAUACUUACUAUGCGCGUUAUAUAGGCUCAGACUGUGUCGCGGUCGCGGUGGUCUAUCUUUAUUUUAAUAAGAUAUAAAUACUAUCGUGUUAAAUAUUAAAAUCUCAGUACAAAUGUAUGCAUUUGAACAUGACUGACAUAACAUGACAUCUGUUACUAUUCUGUAUUUCAUUAUGUUUUCGAAAUAGGUAGAUGCAAUAUUGCAUGAAAACUAUUUGCGAAUACAAUUUUUGAUUAAUAAGUAAAUAGAACAUAAUAUCAAGGUGUCCACAUCCCCACACAGCUGUGCCAAACUCGCACCCUCGUUGCUUUCUGAACCCUCUGUCUAUGCCUCUAUAGUACGCAUGCGCAGUAGGGUUAGUUAUUGUUAUCGUUGCUAGAGGCAAUACGACAACAUUCGAGUACCAAACGAUGGUCGUUUCAAUUCGUUCACAAUAUCCAAAAUUAAGAAAUUAAAUUAAACCUCAUGUUUAAAUUCAGUGAAUCGUUUUGUUGCCCUGUGAAUUUCAAUUAUGUGAAUAAGUUGAUGUGUAUGGAAUCUUCUAAAAUGCCUAUCCUAAUGGACAGCAGACGGAAUAAUGUGCAAAACUUCCCGAAUCUGGAUUUGUCGGUUAUCUACAAGUCUUCUCCGCAAUCCACAUCGCCACCAUCACCAACGCUGUCCUCAGACUCUGCUAUUAGCUCAUCGUCCUCAGACUCUGCUAUUAGCUCAUCGUCCUCAGACUCUGCUGUUAGCUCACAAUCUAAUGACAACGAUAACAGAAAUAAAUUUAACUGUUCCGAACAAUCAAACCGAUCAGAUAAUAAGCAAAAAGAAAGCCUCUAUCUUCUGUCUUUACCAACAUCUCCUAACACGCCGUCUACUGAUAGAAUUGACAACCGCGAUCGGUUUAAUUUUUGCACAUCAGUGGAUAUGCAAAAAGAGGAAGAACGAUUAAAAUCUUUUGUUAAUUGGCCUGUCCCAUUUUUGUCUCCAGAGAAACUUGCACAAUGUGGAUUUUACUACAAGGGUCGUGGUGAUGAAGUAAUUUGUGCUUAUUGUAAUGUAGAGAUAAUGAGUUGGAGAGAGGGAGAUGAUCCUGUAUUAGAUCAUAAGCGAUGGUCACCACAAUGUCCAUUGCUACUCAAGAAAUCCAACACAGAUACUUUGUACAAUCUUGUGCAACAACCACCUUGUAUGGGUAAUCUAUGCUCUGGUUCGACUUCUACGAGUGGACGUGAUGAAUGUGGUACGAGAGCUCUGCCUACUAAACAAACGCCUGUUCAUCCCCAAUACCAAACAUAUCCGGCUCGUCUGCGUUCUUUUGAUGAUUGGCCACGCAGCAUGCCUCAGAAACCGGAAGAAUUAGCUGAUGCUGGUUUCUAUUACACUGGUACAGGCGACAAAACCAAGUGCUAUUUCUGUGAUGGUGGACUUAAGGAUUGGGAGAAAGAUGAUGUACCAUGGGAACAACAUGCAUUAUGGUUCUCUCGCUGCUAUUUUCUUAAUACAGUUAAGGGGCGAGAUUAUGUACAAAGAGUUUUAAAUGCGCCACAGAAUAACGCAUCGCAGGCGUCAGCACCAAGUAAACCAGAAACUGAGACAUCACCAAGUAAACCAGAAAUUGAGACAGCACCAAGUAAACCAGAAAAAAUAUCGGCAGCUACUACAAACACUACUAGUAAUGAGACUGAAGAUUCAAGUAAAUUAUGUAAAGUAUGUUAUGUGGAUGAAUGUAAUGUAGUAAUCAUUCCAUGUGGACACGUAUGUGCCUGUGCAAAAUGCGCAUUAUCAACUGACAAGUGCCCAAUAUGCCGCGUAACGAUACAAAGCACAGUCCGGUUAUAUUUUUCGUGAAAUGGCGUGGAACAGCAUAGACACCGAAUGCCUUGAAACUGCAUUCACAAAAGGUGUACAAACAAUGAAAGAUCCUUCAUCGAUAUAUCACUUAAUGAUGAAGUGUAUUUAUGAUUAUUAGCGUCGCGGAAAUUAAUCCGUGCCCCACAACCGCUAUCGCCUCUGUAGAUUGUAAUAGGUAUUUUUCGCUAGUCUAUUUUUAUGGACCCCUUAUUUUGGUUUGUAUUCAAUUUAAUUAUCUCACCACGAUAAAAUUUAAAAUUGCGGAAAGUUAUCAUUUAAACCGCUCGACCACGGUCGGUGCAUAUAUUUAGCCAUCUUUUCGCACACUACAAUACAAAAUAUUGACCUUACUAAGAAUAAUCAUUCCACUUAGAUUCAAUCUUACUUUUUUCAAAUGAAAGGCAUAAUGUCAAUAUGGUUUGUUGGGUCUAAACACGAAUUAUUUAAUGGUUAUUAAAGUAUUAAGUUAUUCAACGUUUCGACUAGGUUGCACUAGCCGUGUUUAAGGCUUCACUAUGAUGUCACUUUGGUGCGUGACAAUAGUUUUAACUAUCGUAGAUAGAUUAUUCAUAGUAACUUUGCGACUUACAUCAUUAACGGCACGUACACAUAUUGAUUGAUGUUACCGAACCUUGGCUAAGCUUUAUCGUUGAAUUUCACGCAGAAAUAUCCAGUGGUAAAUAUGUUUAGACGAGGUUCGGUUAUAUAGUGAGUAUAGCGUGAGUUACAGUGAACAGUCCAGUAAAGGUUGUUGAACGAACUACUUUUCCUGUUUUCAAGAGUGACAUCAUAGCAUGACAUGAAUACGGUUAGUGCAACCUAGUCGAAACGUGAAAUGGGUUAAACACUUCAAUUACGAUUAAAAAAUUCGUGUAGACACCCUUAAACUAUAUUACGUGAACUAAACGCGAAACAAUAGAAGUAACAUUUUAUAGAAAACAUUUGUAUUUAAUCAAUGCAUCUUAAAAUAUUAUAAAAAAAACAUGUUUUUAUCACCAUCCUUACACAGAAUAUUUUAUAAAAUAAAUUUGUAAUAUAAUAAUUAUUAGUUAUUGAUUAUAUUAUUUAUGAUUUAAUAUUGUAAUGUAUGUAAAAAUGUAUAAUAAUAAUAUUGUAAAUAUCUUAAUGGAUAUUUCAACAUACAAUCAAUUACAUUUAAUUUAAUAGAGAAGGCAGAUUACCCUUAAUUAUUAUUCUCAUUUUAUUAAUUAAUUAAGUUUUUGUAUGCCCUGAACCUGGCUUUAUCCGUGUUUAAUUUUUUUCACAUUAUUAGGUCUAUGUAAAUAUACAUAAAAAUAUUAUGACGGUAGAUACAUAUUUGCAGAUCGAUAUACAAGAAUUAAUAUCUAAAUUGGAUGAGAAUAAAGUAAAGUAGUAGCCUGCCUACCAAGUUAAUUCAAAUGAAAAAUUAUUGAGGUUGUAAUUUUGAUUGGUACUGCUUACAAAACAGUACUUGUAACUUGUACUAUGCUACUUUAUUUAUUACUUACUUUAUUAUAUAUGUUUUUACUGUAUAAUAUAA